AUGGCAGCGAAUGAACAUCCGAAUGAGUUACGUCGCUUUGUGCACUGGGGUCCAAUAACCGUGCUGAUUAUCACAUCGAUCGUUACACUGACCACAUGGAGAUGGUGGCCAUCGGACUUAACAUUUUCGACCAGUGCACAUUUUGGCCUCUUUGUGCUGCUCAACCUGUUGGCAACCUACAACUUUGUGAUGGCCGUGCUGGUGGGCUCCGGACUUUUGCUCCGGAAAUGGAAGCCCGUGGACUAUCGUGAGACCAAACUUAUGCAGUACUGCAAGAAGUGCGAGGGUUAUAAGGCUCCACGUUCGCAUCACUGUCGCCGCUGUGAUCGUUGUGUCCUCAAAAUGGAUCAUCAUUGCCCGUGGAUAAAUUGCUGUGUGGGCUGGGCAAACCAAGCCUACUUUGUCUACUUUCUGUUCUUCUAUAUGUUAAGUAAUCUUCAUGCCGCUGUUGUACUCUGCUGUGUGGGUUUUCGUUUCAUCUCCGGCUUUUACUAUAGUCGCCAGUUGGAGGAAGUGCUGCGUCUGCAUUUCUUCAGUAUCUCCAUGUGCAUAUUUGGCUUUGGCCUCGCCGUUGGCAUUGUGCUCUGUAUGCUCAAAUUGCUGCUGAUACAAAUGUCUGGCAUUCUGAGGAAUCAAACAGAUGUCGAGUAUUGGAUACUGCAGAAGGCCAGCACUCGUCGCUAUUUAGCCAAACUGAAACCCUUUGUGUUUCCCUACGAUCUCGGCUGGUAUGCGAACUUGGGCCAGGUGUUUAACAUUGAGUCACAGAUGCGCAGCAAGGGCAUUCAUUGGGCUCUGCGAUCUGGCUGUGACCGAUAUGAUCUCACAUGCGAACAGCUCGCUCAGAAAGCCGAUAAGCGGAAGCGAACACGUAUUUACAAGUGCAUUCGCAACUUUACAGGAUAUUGGCUGCCCAUUUGGUCGCAGGGUUUGUGGGUUACCAUUUCCAUACCCUGCACAGAUGACCCUCGCAUUAUCCUGCAGCCUGAUGAUAUAAUACGGGUGACACGGAUACGCAAGCACUGGCUAUUUGGGGAGCGUGUCAUCGAUGGAUCGGAGGAUCGCCGCAAGGAUCAACGCAAGGGACCCAUUCGUGGCUGGUUUCCCUGUCGCUGUGCCAUCGAUAUAACAAAGGAAGCGAGUGAGAUCAAGAUGAAGAGCAAGAUUGAGAGUGAACAGGGUGAUAUGAAGGCCAUCUUGGGAUAUAACAGUUGGACUGGCAAGCAGCGUUUGGGAAAGAUUAACCAGGACUAG